AUGGCUAAUAAUACACGAUCGACCGAAUAUUUCAUGGCACACAGGGAUCCUUCGUCAUUAAUUAAACGAAGGAAAGCCGAGUUCUGUUACGCCCCGCCCAUUCCGUCUCUCGAAACCACGCCCAUUCCUUCUCUCGAAACCACUUCCAUUCCCACUCUCCCAACCACGCCCAUUCCCACUCUCGCAACCACGCCCAUUCCCACUCUCACAACCACUUCCAUUCCCACUCUCACAACCACUUCCAUUCCCACUCUCACAACCACUUCCAUUCCCACUCUCGCAACCACUUCCAUUCCCACUCUCGCAACCACGCCCAUUCCCACUCUCACAACCACUUCCAUUCCCACUCUCACAACCACUUCCAUUCCCACUCUCACAACCACUUCCAUUCCCACUCUCACAACCACUUCCAUUCCCACUCUCACAACCACUUCCAUUCCCACUCUCACAACCACUUCCAUUCCCACUCUCACAACCACUUCCAUUCCCACUCUCACAACCACUUCCAUUCCCACUCUCACAACCACUUCCAUUCCCACUCUCACAACCACUUCCAUUCCCACUCUCGCAACCACGCCCAUUCCCACUCUCACAACCACGCCCAUUCCCACUCUCACAACCACGCCCACAAAGGAAUCACAACCAAUCAUUAUAAAACCUCACAACCACUGCCUCAGAAUCUUCUUAACAGAAUCAUGUUACGUCGUGUAUGACAUUUUCCAGGGAAGCGACUUCAAAGUUCGCCAAAAUAUGAUACGGAAAUAUGGCGCCAAAAUAGGACGCCACAUAGACAUAAACGAGCACACAAUUUGA